AUGCUGCCGUCGUCUCUGCUCAUCGUCUUCAUUGAUUGCAUUGAGCACCCCCGCGUCGUGACACUCAGCAUCGUCGCUUGGGACGCUCUCGCGAUGAAUGUGUAUCUUAGCAUGCUCUUGACCGUGACUCUAUGGAUACCACGUUCGAUGGGAAACGAGGAAGGCGGAGCAUGGCCCGACGAGGGUUUCUUGCUCGAGACCGUAGAGGUGCAGGAUCUUGAAAAUGUCGGCGCCUUUGAGAGAUACGAUCGACCAGGGAGAGACCCGCCCGACUUUGCGGCUGCGACUUCUAAAAGUUGGUUUGCCCAUGAUGGGUCGAUGUACAGUCGCGUAGACCUUCAUUUGCCCGUCAUAUUCCGACACGUCGGAGCCCUCAAGAGGCGCACGGAAUUACCGUUGAAAGUCGACCCCCAUGCGUUGUGCGCGAUCUCGCCGUCGCUGUAUUGCCGACGGGUACCGCCGAAGCCGAGCCCGCAGACGACCGCUCUUCUCGCCAACCUCGUCACGGCCGACUUCGACCUCCAUGGCGCGACAGAAGCUGCCAUCAUGGUGAAGCAGGGCGCAUAUAACGGCCGCGUGCCUCGCGGGAGUCAUCAGCUCGCCCAGGAAAUCACCCGGAUGUUCGAGGCGUACAUCGGCGUGCACUGCAAUAUGUUCGGGUUGGGGCGCUCGCAGACGUUGGUCAAGGACAUCUACCACCUCCCGAUGGUCGCCGCCUGCGAAGCGGUCAAAGUUUGGGAAGCGACCACCAGCGUUAGCCUGCGCGGUGGUUUUAAUUUCGGCGCAGGGUCAGAACAUGUACCUCAACCUGACGCAACGCGAGCUGCGUUGUCUGCACUAUAUACGACGACGCUUCCCGACGGCUGCCCCGAACUCGCGCAGGAGUUCGCCAGCACACCGGGGGCCCAUCGCCCGGGUAGGAUGGCGCUUGGCAUGGAUGCGCUUCACGCCAUGACUGUUCUCGCCAUCACCAGCUUCUGGGAGGAUAUAGCUCCUCCUCAGCUCUGGCGUAUCGUCUCCGUCAUUCUCAGUCAAGAGUUCCUCCACCACAUCCCGCACCGCCUUAAUUCGCAGCUCGUUCGUUGGCCCAACAAGAAUGACCAUCUCCAAGUGUUCUUCUGGUUUGGAUGCCAGGCGUUAGCAGGGCACGAGCAGGCGAUGCAGAGCUUCGUCUAUGAGCUCAUCCGGCCUGCGAUUCUGGCGCUGAGAGCGUUCUACUUCCCGCUGUAUCUUCCGAAUGCUCGCAUCCCCUUUGACUGGUCCAAUCGGAUCAUCUUCGUGACGGCUGACUGGCUUCCAGCUAUGCGGUACAUGCUUCUCCGCUAUGUCGAGGGGCGCUCCCUCGGCCUCUACGCCGGGCUCAUGCCCGAUUUGCGUGUCAAGACCGUUGUAGAGGAUGCUCAGCGACUCUUGGGAACAGAGACGCAGUAUAUCACAUACGACGACACGAUGGGGCAGAUCGCUGGCGAGUGGCCAGUGAAUCGCUGGAUUUGCAACCAUACCACUAGGCCAAACACCGCCAAUAUCGAGGCUGUGAUCGAGCAAUUCCUUUGCCUCAACUUCCCGCGCAAUCUGCAGUCAACGAUCCUUCGGUUCGGCACUGUCAAAGGCGAGCUUGAUGGCUCUGUUAUCAUGUGCAUUCGCGACGACUGCGUUUAUUCCAUCUUUGAAGGCAACAUGAUGGCUGAGAGUCGUAUUAGGAUAAUCGAGGCCUGCCCCGAAUAUUUGACGGUUACCGGCAAGCAUAGGGAGCGCGGCUCGCAGUCUCUCCCGCUUCGCGAACGACUCUCAUCACAUUCAAGCCGUGAGCUCGUCUCCCAGGGUGCAGAUAGUAUGGCGCCGAGAUUGAAGUUGAAGUCCACGUCUGCGACGUCGACCAGGCAAUCAUACCGCAUCAUAUCGAUGCCCGGCACGUCUACUGGGCCACCUACCCACCCCAACCCUCUGCUACAGCCUACAAAGACAGCCAGCACAUUAAAGCCUUCCACCCGCUCCCGCAAGGGCAAAGGAACACCGCGCAUCCUGAAGAACACCCCUCCCCUCGUCCCCGGCGAGAGCGCCAAAUACCGCCUCGAACAAGCGCGUUUUCAGAUGUGGUCCUCGCAUCCCUUCGUCGCCGCCUUCUGUGGCUUCGCCGCGCGAUGCGCCGCCUGCCGCGAGCGCAUCAAAGGGGACUCUCGAUCUAGGCAAUGGAGCAACACGAACAUACUGCGGCACUUCGGUAGUUGUAAGGCGCGCAAGGCGAUUGAGGCGGUGGAGAUGGCGUAUCCGCCGCCGAUGGAGGUCGAAGCGCCUUUGGAGGUGAAUGAUGAGGGCGUGAGGUAUGAGGUUUACCCUGGUGGGGCGCCGCCGCCUGGGACAUCGCUUGGGCAGAAGGGGAAGAGGAAGCGGGAAGGGCCGCCGGAGGUGGAGGUGGAAGAACUCGACCUUCGUCAGCCUACGAAGCAGAUGACUUCGAACAAGCGCCGACUAAUUUCGACCGCUGAAGCAAGUCCGUUGCGCGUGCCCCCUCGCAAGGUCGUACCUCUGCGCAAGACUGCACCUUCUCGCAAGACUGCGCCCCCUCGCAGUCCAAUCCCCGGCCGACUGGGACAGUUUGAGUCGGAGGAUGGCUUCGACGAACGCUACUCGUAUAGCGUGCCGAUCACUAUCCAACAAAGACUUUCCAAAGAGCGCUCGACGGCCGGUCCGUCGAGUGCGGACGAUCUGCCUUCGUCUUGA